AUGUCUCAUAGUUAUUAUAAUAGAAAUCUUAAACGUACUAUUAAACGCCAAAAUUCAAAACAAAAAUUAAAAGAAUCUGAAAUUAUUAUAAUUUCAGAUGAUGAAGAAAUAACCGAAUAUCUAUAUAAAAUCUUAACUAAACUUCGUUUUACAAACAUUAUAACUAUUACAAAAUAUUGUAAAGAAACAGUUUGUAAUUAUACUAAAUUUUUUCGAGAAUUGGUUAUUGAAUCGUUAAAUAUAAAUGAUGAAAUACUAGGAGGGAUCGGUGCAAUUGUUGAAAUAGAUGAAUCAAAAUUUGGUGAUUUUUGA